AUGUUUAGAUCAUCUCUUAUUAAUUCCCUAAGAUACUCAAACAGGGCCAGCGUCUGCCGCUCUAGCCAAUUUUUGACUCCAUCAACUCGCUUAUUUUCCAGCUGUCUGGUAUUGAAAAACUCAUCGGCAUCAACUGAACCAUCAACGGCUGCUCCAAAGAAAAGAAAACAAUUAAGUAGAAUAGCCAUUGGUGGUAGUGAUUCUAAAAAAGAAAAGCUCAGAGAUGCUAGUCUGAUUGAAUUUUCCACCUGGAAAGCCGGAGUUUUGUUAUUGGUGGUGGGAUCUGCCAUGGUAUAUUAUUUCAAAAAGGAGAAGAAAAGAUUGGAUACCCAACGUGAAGCCGAAGCCAACAGAGGUUAUGGAAAACCUUUAAUUGGUGGGCCGUUCAAUUUGGUCGACGACAACGGCAAGCCAUUCACUGAAAAAAAUCUUUUGGGCAAGUGGUCCUUGGUAUAUUUUGGGUUCACCCACUGUCCGGAUAUUUGCCCUGAUGAAUUAGAUAAGAUGGCCAUCAUGCUUGAUAAAUUGGAAAUCGACCAUAAUAUUGAUAUUCAACCAAUUUUCAUAACCUGUGAUCCAGCCAGAGACUCUCCAGAAGUGAUGAAGGAAUACUUGUCCGAGUUCCACCCAAAGAUGAUUGGUUUGACCGGGGAAUACGAAGAUAUCAAGAGUACUUGUAAAAAGUACAGAGUUUACUUCUCUACCCCAAAAGACGUGAAACCAAAUCAAGAUUAUUUGGUGGAUCAUUCCAUUUUUUUCUACUUGAUGGACCCAGAAGGGCAAUUUGUUGAUGCUUUGGGUAGAAAUUAUGACGAAAAUACUGCUGUUGAAAAGAUCAAACAACAGGUUGAUGCUUACAUUCCAAAAGACCAAAGAGAAAAGAGAAAGGAAGGAUGGUUCUCAUUUUUGUAUAAUUAG